AUGAAGCACGCGACGUGGCUGCUUUUUGCGUCUACCCUGCUUCUCGUCCAGAGGACCCACGUUAGCCGCGCUCAGAGGACCCAUGCGCGACAGGGUCUCAAUCGCGAAAAUCCGACCGUUAAGAUACCGAGUCAGGGAACCGUCCUCGGUAAAGAGGUAACUCUCAACACGGUAAGACUAACGCAGUAUCUCGGUAUCCCUUACGCACAACCUCCGGUUGACAAUCUUCGUUUCAUGCGACCAAUGACAGAGCCUCUUCCUUCUUGGAACGAGGUGAAAAAUGCAACGCAGUUCGCGCCGUCCUGCCCGCAGGCUACGGGUCAACUUAAAUUGCACGAAAAACUCUUCAAGCAAUUGUUACCACUGGAUAUGCCAGAUCCAGGAUUCAACGAGGAUUGUCUUUUCUUGAACAUCUUCGUCCCAAGCGAAGGAAACCGUCAGAACGACCAAUGGCCAGUGAUGGUUUGGUUCCACGGUGGCGAUUUCAACACUGGAACUCCAGCGAUCUGGGACGCCUCUGUAUUCGUUUCCAAACAGAAGGUGCUAGUGGUGACGGUGGCGUAUCGAUUAAACAUCCUCGGAUUCUUCACGACGACGGACUCCGAGGCAUCCGGCAAUUAUGGCAUGUUCGAUCAAAUCGCCGCCCUCGACUGGAUAAAGCGAAACAUCAAGUACUUCAACGGCUCGCCCAGCAACAUUGUCAUCUACGGUCACAAUUCCGGUGCCAUAAGUGUAGGACUGCACAUGCUGAGUCCUCUCAGUGAAGGGAAGUUCCACAAGGCGAUUGCUAUGAGCGGGGACGCUAUCAGUUCUGUUGGCACACUAGAAAGAGAGAAGCCGGUCGUCGACAUCAUAGCAGACAGAUUUAGCUGCUCUCGACAACCGACCAGCGAGCUGAUAGAAUGCCUACGUCGACUACCAGCCGAUCACUUAAUCAAGUACUCAUCUGACAUCGAGAGCUGGGGUCCGAUCGUCGAUGCCGAAACCAACAACGAGACGGAACCAUUUCUUGCGCAACAUCCGAAGGACAUUUUGGAAAGUGGUAACUUCAAUGCGGUGCCACUGAUGGUCGGCUACACGAAUAACGAGCAAGUUUUGGCGUACAUGGAGAUCAUUAAUAAUAAGAAUCCAGAGGGCGGACUUUCUUCGGAGAACUUCGAGAAGAUGAUCACAGACGAGUUCACGGCGGCAGUGCAGAUCCCAGAUGACAACAGCACGUGUGAGUCGAAGCCCGAGAUGGUGAUAAACGCGGUGCUAUUCUUCUAUAGACCAUAUCCAACCACGACAAACAUGACGGCGUUCCGCGACAAAUACUUGGACCUGCAAACGGAAAAGAAUUUCGCGGCUGGCCUGACACUGUUGGCCGAUAAAGUGACGAAGAAAAAAUCGACGGCUUUCGUAUAUCGGUUUGACUAUCGUCCCAAGACACAACCGGUCACGAAGGACGUGCCGGAAUGGGCCGGUGUGCCGCACAUGUUCGAGCUCCCAUUCGUCUGGGGUCUACCGCAUAUGACGGGCGUCAGUGGGACGCAAUGGAACUUCAACGACAAAAGGAUGUCCGAGUCGAUGAUGACGAUGCUGACAACGUUCGCCAAAACCGGGGAUCCUUCCUUCGUGGAGAGGACAGUAUCGGUCAAGUGGGAGCCCUACACGCAGGACAAUCCGAGAAUUUUGAUCAUCGAUAAAACUAUCGAGAUGAACGAGCCGGACGCAGUGGACUACAAGGCGCUCGCAUUCUGGAACGAAUAUUAUCCGCAGGUCAUGAUGGAGGCGACGGACAAUUGUUGCAACAUCACAAGCACGGCGACGACAUGGAGGAUAUUCUCUCAUAGCGUGUGUCUCAGCGGCGUGAUGGCUACGGUGGCGUUUCAUCGCUUUUGGUUCUAGCUACGGUCACAGCGUGAAAUAUUAAAUACUGAAUUUUAAAAAAAAAGGUGUUAUUGCGCUCGCUGUUGUAUAUUUUUAAU